AAAUGCAUGAAUGUGCGCGAGUGGACCGGGGUCGAUAUAUCCAUAAUGGCCACUACAUUGAUUGUGGCUAUUUUCGAAGAAUCAAACCUUUCAACAGUUAGAAAAGCGCCGAGCAUUAAAAGUGUUCAAUCUAAUGUAAGCGCGAAGCAAAAAAACGCAACGACUAAUAAAGUUACAGAGCGCAACACCGCCAAUAGUAGUAACUCCAACAACCGGACGGCUAACGUCGGCAAGGAUCACGGUAGUAGCAACGGCUCCGUUCUCAAUAAUCACCGUCACAACAACCACAAUCAUAACAACAUCAUUAUCAACAACAACAACAACAACAACACUAACAACAACAACAACAACAACAACAACAACAACAAUAAUAAUAAUCACGUGCUGGUUGCGAGAGAGGCUAUCGCGCUGCCAGCGCUCACGGCCACCAACCAGCAUCAGUUUCACAAGCUGGGCACUAGGGAGCAAGAGGUCCAAGUCGACAUCAGCGACGCGAUUAAGCUUGAGGUUGGCUGCCCAAACAACGACCGGAGCAAACAAGUGGAGGAGACAAUCCAGGCCCUUGCCAUAACCGUCCAAUACUUGACGCAUCAGCUGGAAGGUAUCUCCCUCUGCCGACUUCGGAAGGACUUCGACAAGAUGAAGACCGAAUGGCUAUCGAUGAGCUCCGAGUUGGAAGAGUUGCGGUUGCGAAAAUCGGGCAUGGAUGAUGCAUUGAGCCGAGAGAGAGACGAGCAUCUUCAGACUAUCGAGAGUUUGCGCGAGGAUCUGGAUGGCGAGCGGUUGGCGCGUACAUCACUCGAACACGCGGUUCAAGAAUCGCAGCGUCAAGCGCACGAGUUCCAGGAGCUGCUGCAGGAGCGGGAGCGCGAGCUCGGUCAGACGCGUCGGGCAGCCCAGGCCGUUCAGGACCAGGGCGCCCUCCUCGCGGAGGCCGAGUCCUUGCGUACCGUCCUUGAGCUGCGCAGCCAGGAGAACGCGCAGCUACGCUCAGAGGUUGACCUCCUGAGGCGCGAGCUCGACGAGAAGGAACUGCUCAAGCAAAAAUACGACGGCCUCGAGGCAAGGUGCGAGGACCUCAAGGCCCAGCUUCAGAGCAAGGAGACUUUCGAGAGGCAGCUCACGCACGACAACGAGGUACUGAUGGACUCGUUCCACCAGAUGUCCAAGCAGAACAAACGUCUUUCGCAGAGGAACGAGGAGUUGCUGUGGAGGCUGCGCCAGAAAAAUGAGGUCGUGAGUGUGCUGACGAAUCAGCUAACCCCGCCGUCUCAGAGGCUCUCCAAGUCUCUGGGGCCCGAGCACACCGACCAUCCUUCCACGGACUGUUCGCAAAAGUCGGAGCAACAAGGAAGCAACUGCUCGAUGGUUAAGUAUAUGGUAGAGAAGGGCGACUCGGUAUCCUGGACGCUUGACAUCACCGAGGGCAUGGAGAGCGGCAACAGCAGCAAUUACAAGACGCCGAGCCCCUCGCUGAGGCGCUACCACGAUAGUAACGGCACGCUCGUGUCGAGGCAGGGCUCCCUCAGGUUGCCGAUGACGAGGCGGUCGAACCUUACGUCAGGUCGCGCGCGCUCCAACAGCGUAUCUGUCGCGGAGUCGUCGAGGGUUGCGACGAUCGGUGCCGAAGAGACCGGCUGGAAUCCAAAUUUUAACUCCACACCUCUCCAACGACAUAGGAACACCCUGGCAACCGGCGAUAAAUUAUGGUCAUUGUCGAACACCGUCCCGGAGGCGAGCAAUAGCACCAUCAACGCUUGUAGCGGCGACGCAAACGUCGUCAGCGGCGGUGUGACCAAUAGUGGAAAAGUCGUAACAUUGGAAGUGUCGACUACUGACGAGGAGGAGGAAGAGGAGGAAGAGGAGGAAGAGGAAGAGGAAGAGGUUGCGGGUCAGCGGCCUCAGGAAGCGGGGGGUGAAGCCAUGAUCUCCGAAGAGACUUCAGCCUCUUCUAGCAAUGAGGACGACGAGUCCUCGGUCAGCAGUAACGACAUUCCCUGACUGAAAAUGACGCAGACGCACAGAUGGACUAAAACUGUGAAGUCUAAUAAAAAGCCUGAGAAAUAUUGCGCCGGCUACAAGUAUUAAUCACGUGGGUG